AAGAGAAUCGAUUCUUGGGAAUCGACUCCCAGCGCCGUGGAUGUUGUGGAGUCGGUUUGUUGCUGUCACCUUUAGCAGGAGUUUCUCAGUCAAGUGCACUUUCGCAAAAUGGCUCCCGCUAAGAACAGAGUGUUUGUUGUUGGGGUGGGGAUGACGAAGUUUGAUAAACCAGGGGCAAGAGAUGGCGAUUAUCCGGAAAUGGCCAAAGAAGCCGGAGAGAAAGCGUUGGCUGAUGCAGGAGUACCGUACUCUGCUAUCGAGCAGGCCUGUGUGGGUUAUGUUUACGGCGACUCUACGUGCGGACAGCGUGCUAUAUACCACAGCCUGGGUCUGUCGGGCAUCCCUAUAAUCAACGUCAAUAACAACUGUUCCACGGGUUCCACGGCGCUCUUCAUGGCCAGGCAACUCGUCCAGGGAGGUUUGGCUGAUUGUGUGCUCGCUUUGGGUUUCGAGAAGAUGGAAAGAGGAUCCUUGUCCUCUAAGUACAUGGACAGAACCAACCCUAUGGAUAAACACAUGGAGGUGAUGAUCAACCGAUACGGCAUGGCUGCAGCUCCGGCCGCGCCGCAGAUGUUCGGCAACGCUGGGAGAGAACACAUGGAGAAGUAUGGAACCAAGCCAGAACACUUUGCCAAAAUUGCCUGGAAGAAUCACAAGCACUCGACCAACAACCCAUAUUCUCAGUUCCAGGACGAGUACAGUCUGGAGCAGGUGACUAAAUCACGCAAGGUCUUUGAGUUCCUCACACUUCUUCAGUGCUGCCCUACGUCUGAUGGAGCCGGAGCAGCAGUGCUAGCCAGCGAGGGCUUUGUGAGGAAGCACGGUCUGGAGGCCAAAGCUGUGGAGAUCAUCGCUCAGGAGAUGGUCACUGAUCUCUCUACAACAUUCGAGGAGAACAGCUGCAUCAAGAUGGUCGGCUACGACAUGACGCGCCUUGCUGCUAAAAAGUGCUUCGAGUCGGCAGGCCUGAAUCCCGCAGACGUUGGUGUCAUCGAGCUGCAUGACUGUUUCUCGGCCAACGAGCUCAUCACGUAUGAAGCGCUCGGUCUUUGUCCUGAAGGUAAAGCCGGAGAGCUGAUAGACAGAGGAGACAACACGUACGGGGGCAAGUGGGUGGUUAACCCGAGCGGAGGGCUCAUAUCGAAGGGACACCCGCUUGGAGCUACAGGUCUGGCCCAGUGUGCAGAGCUGUGCUGGCAGUUAAGAGGCGAAGCGGGGAAAAGGCAGGUCCCGGGGGCGAAGGUUGCUCUGCAGCACAACAUUGGCCUCGGUGGAGCCGUAGUGGUCACACUAUACAGGAUGGGAUUCCCUCAAGAAGCAAGGUCUCAGAUCGCUGCAGUUCCAACCAGCGCUGUCGCCGGCCUGGAGGGCUUCAAAUCUCACGCAGUUUUUAAAGAAAUCGAGAAGAGACUGCAGGAGGAAGGAGAAGCAUACGUCAAAAAAAUCGGUGGCGUUUUUGCAUUUAAAGUGAAGGACGGCCCGGAUGGAAAGGAAGCUCUGUGGGUCGUGGAUGUGAAGAACGGGAAAGGCUCGGUGAACAACGACGCAGGGAAAAAAUCGGACUGCACGAUCACGAUGUCCGACGCUGAUCUCAUCGAACUGAUGACUGGGAAACUGAAUGCACAAACUGCCUUUUUCCAAGGCAAGCUAAAGAUUACUGGGAAUAUGGGAAUGGCGAUGAAGCUGCAGAGCCUCCAGCUGACGCCAGGCAAAGCCAAACUGUGAAGAACUCAGACUAAACUUCCGAGACCUAAGUGUGGAAUCCGUGGCCGUGACAUUGGGCGUGCGAUAUAUUUUAUACAUAUAUACAUAUAUAUAUAUAUAUAAUCACAAAUUCAACAGGUAUUAUAGCGGGCACUUCAAAUUAACAUUACUACCUCUUGCAACAAUAUAUAAUGAAAUCCUGUAUGAGUUCUGCUGAGAUUCAGAACCUGCACAGGUUGAGCUGGUGAAUCAUAUUCUUUAACAGAAUAUAACAAUAACAAUAUAAAAAACACAUCGGAAUUCUAAAUAAGCAUUCAGGAGCUACGUUAAAGUACAAACGAAUAGCUCACGUGGCUUGGACGAUGGUCUCACGAUGGAUUUCUUUACUUCUUUAUUACAUUAUGGACUUGCACUACACUACAUAAUGUGCCUCUAAUACAGAGAAUAAUCAUUACAUUUAAUCUGACUUGAAGAGAAACUUGAUCAUGAAACGUAUCCUAGUGUAGAAAGAUGAAUCGGAGAUCGUGAACUAGUACGCAGGGUCAAGAUCACCCGUAAAUUGUUAGCUAAAUGGGUAAAAUAUUAGCUGCCCAUGGACGUGAGACCUCUUCAUUGCACUGUUAAUUGUAUAUGCAGAUUGUAGAUUAUGAAACGCUAAUUUUUAAUAAAGACGUCUUCUAACAAAA